UAUGCUGCACUUUUUUUUCCCCUUCUCUUUCUCACAUGAACAAUUCUUAGGCAGGCAGCCCCUGACAUUUGGACUGGAGAUCUCCGCCUCACUUUGUUUACACAGUUGUCUCCAUUCAUUCAGUGAAAGAAAUCACUUCCCUAGUGGUAGAUGAUAAAAGGCUCUCUGCAGCGGAGUGUCAGAGUCACUGGGAGACCCAGCAGCACAUUCCUGUUCUCAGGCUCAGAACAAGCUCUUUCCAUUUCUUAAACAAACUAUUUAUUUUCCUUUUAAGAAGCAUGCAAGAGCCCAACAGGAGAUCACAGCUUCCUAGCAGCUGUCACUAUGUAGAUUGCCUGAAGAGAUGACCUCAGCUCGGAGAGGAACCCUCAGGAGCUCAUUGAUAAGGUUUCUCUGUGCCUGGGUCUGUCGGACGUGUGGUGGGAGACGCCCCAAGAGCAAGAAGAGUCUACUACUGCUGUGCACUGCUUGUAUUCUGUAUGGGAUUUUUAUAGUAAGUCAGGUGGUCAACGUUUUACCACAGAAGCCCACUCAGAAAGUGUCUACCACACAGCGACCACGGAACAUUUUGGAACAGAACACAUUUUAUGUGGAAAAUUCCCAGCCAGAUGGGGGCGCUGUAAACAACUCGCCAACACUGCAGCCUAAUGUUGUAUACAUCACUUUGAGGUCCAAGAGAAGCAAGCCAGCCAAUAUCAGGGGGACAGUGAAACCAAAGAAGAGGAGGAAAUCUGGAUCGCUGGGACACAAUGAGCUGGGGUACAGCAUCUUCCAAGGUAUUCAUAAAAUGGAGGACAAGCUUGGGGAAGGGACUCAAAAAAGGGGAACCCCCACCUACAAAUCCGGGGACCUGGCAUUUACUAUUGUAGGUGAUGCUAGGGGGGAGGCUAACAAGCAUCAGAGUAACAUUAGAAUAUACAGUGACAGCGCACCGCCAUGGUUUAGUCCAAAUGACAUCAGGGCAAUGCGGUUCCUAGCUGAUUCUAGGAUACAAAAGAUUACACAGGUGCCGGCAAGCCAUGCACAUUUCAUCCAGUUUGACAUGCCGUCCAAGAAAAACCCGGUUUCGUCAGCCUGCCAGGGAACGUGUGGUCUUGUUAAAAGACCCUUGGACAUGAGUGAAGUUUUUGCUUUCCACUUGGAUCGGAUACUGGGGCUUAACCGGUCACAGCCAGCUGUAAGCCGAAAGUUUGAGUUUGUGCAAGAUGUUCUGCCAUGUCCAGUUAUACUGUGGGAUUCCUUCUUGUCUCCUACUGAUAACAUCACACAGUCAUCUGUCAAACUUAAGUGGGGAUCUUACCAAAAAAUCCUUUCCCACAAGUGUUGGUUGAAUGGAAAAGCUCCAAAAGCAGACCUGGGCUGUCCAGACGUCCAUCACCAUGAGUGGUCCAAAAUGGCACUUUUUGAUUUUCUUCUACAAGUUUACACUCGUUUUGACAAAAACUGCUGUGGCUUCAGACCUCGAAAAGAAGAUACCUGUGUCCAACAAGGUCUACAUAUAAAAUGUGAUGACCCCCAGGACACUGACCUAACACACAUUGUACAAAGGAAACAUGACCCUCGGCACUUGGUCUUCAUUGCAAAUAAAGGAUAUUUUGACAGGAGUGAAGAUAAUUUGAAUUUUAAGUUACUUGAAGGAAUAAAAGAGUUACCUGAAUCUGCUGUUUCAGUGUUAAAAAGUCAGAAACUCAGAGAAAGACUCCUUCAGUCAUUUUUUCUGGACAAGGUCUUCUGGGAAAGUCAGAGAGGACGUCAAGGGAUCGAAAAACUUAUUGAUGUAAUAGAAAGAAGGGCCAAAAUCCUGCUGACUUACAUCAAUGCCCAUGGAAUUAAAGUCAUAGCAAUGAAUGAGUAAAUUGACCAAUCACCUCAAAGAACUGAGCAAGUAAAAUCAGAAAUGUUAUGUGACGUUUACUUGAAACAGUAAAA